AUGAUGAAUUUGAUGCUAUCUUCUGUGAACUUUGUUCAUCUUAAGAAUACCUUGUUGAUGCUUACAUUGACAAGUCUAAAAGCUGAGAGGAAAAUGUUGACUAAGAACAUGAGUUACAUGGCUGCUGCCAAUGUUAACACAGUAGCAAGCACACACGAUAACAGGACGUCCAGCAAGAACGAGUUAGUUGGGUGUGUCUUGGCCAAAAGAGAAGACAGCAACUCAGCAACUGGAAUAGCCUAG